AAGACAUUCAUUAUUACUUAUUGUAUUUGCAGCAUUUCAAUAAGUUUAUAAUAAAUGAUGCACCAGGAACAAAAUCAUGGAAACUUUAGAAUCAUGCUUUGACAAGGCUGACUAUCUUAUACAAGAAGCUGAGCAAUCACCUUUACCAGAAUCUAAAAGAUCUAUCCCUUCCACGAAAUGGAAAUCGUUUCGCAAAAAAGUUCGAGAAACUUAUGCAAAAUCCCUCACAAAACCGACAAAGGGGAAUUUAAGACCUACAAGCAAUAUAUUAUCCUCAUUAGUAAAAGAUAUGAAUGGUGCUAGACUUCUGAUAAACUUGUUUCCUGUGUCAGAAGGUUAUUCGAUUACUCUUAUGAAAAGUGAUGGAACAUGCGCCGAAAAUUUGCAUUUGCCUUACGAAGAAAAUGAAAUUUUGGAUUACAUCGACAAUGAAGAAUUGCCGCCAAUGCUCGUAGAUACAUUACAUCGGAACCAUAACAAUGCUUUCGUGAGUGGAUCAGUAUUAGCUGAAGUACGCGAUUAUAGAAUUGCAUCUGAUGAGACAACAUUCGAAACAAACUAUGUUUUAUUAAAACCCACACAACAAACUAUUCAAAAUGAUGUUAACUUAAUUGCAGAAGAAACUAGCAGCACAUAUAAAUGGGGAAUAGAUGAUAAACUGGCACUUGAAAGUGUUCUAACGCUGGCGACUGCUGAACCCCUGUGCUUAGAUGUCUCUCCAACAGUUGCGAUUGUGAAAAAUAAAUUGCAAGCAAGAAAAAAAAUGUUUAACACAAUACCACUAAGGAAACACAUCAGACGAAAUGGUACAUUGGCUCGAAAAAGAGCAGAGCUGUAUAAAUCUCGUCCUGCACCAUCUUCUCUAAAAUUGCAUGAUUUUUUGAAGGAGCGUAAAAAAUUGAAAAAGGAUAAUUCUUCAGGUUUGGCUUCAUCUAUAAAGCUUCCAGUAACUGCAGUGGAUGUAUGGAGAAAGUCACCCCUAGAAUUAGCAAUGCCUGAAGAUGUUGACACAUCUAAGCAUGUUAACGUAUUUAAACUUCCUGAAGGAGGUAUUUCAAAUGAAGAUAUUAUUGAAGUCCAGUCUAUUUUACUCGAAUCAGAAGGAGUAAAUAGAGAUGUAUGUUCCCGGAUUACAAUUGGGCAAAGGCCGAGAGACAUGCAUUACUUUGGGAUGCUACAAUCUAAUAAGUAUUUCAAGCAAAGCAUGAUAGGAAUGAAAGACAUGAAUCAAAUAUUUUCUCUCGGCACUGAGCAUAGAGCAAAUUUGUAUAUCCUACAAUACCAAGAACUUUUUACGGAAGAUGGUCGAAGCCCAGCUAAAGUUACAGUUAAACAUGUAGGCCAGAAUGCUGCGAUAUACCAUAUUCCAAAUCAGCAGCAACCUUGGCAGCUAGCGCAAGAGAAGUCUGCUUAUUCAGUUGGGUCUGUUAUAAACAUUCCUAUUACAAAAUGGAAGAAAAUGAAUAUUCCGACUAAAUAUGAAGUAAAAUCAAAACCCCAACAAACAGCUGCUGCUAUUUAUAAACAAAUUCAAAAGCCACAAGUUCAAAUCGCUGCGAAUACUACUCAAUUAUCAUCAACAACUCCUACUUUGAAUGCAAUUACACUCCAGAAUUCUUCUCAGAGCAGUAUCAAUUUUCCUGUGGCGACUCCCAGCACUAAUCGUCGAUUAGCAAAAGUGAAAUCUAAUCCUGGACCCGAUGGCGCAAUUGCUCAAAUUCAAGCAUUAAGACGGGCUCGUGCUAGUUCAGAUUUCCAGAACAUUCAAUCUAGAGCUACAUUGGUGACUGCCCAAAGUCCAAUCCCAGAUAAUAGUCAAAGGAUAUUGACAACGAAAAAUGUUUCAAAUGUUGCUGGUCAAACAUUCACUAUGAACUCAUCUGCUCUUGCAACCGCGCUGGGGCAAAUUGGCGGGACAGGUGCUGUACAGGUCCAAGUUCCAGUAAUGACAGUUAAUUCACAGCGGGCAUCAAAUGGAUCAUCACAAGAUGGCCAAAUUCAAGGCAAUCAAACAACAGCUGUUAUUAGAAUGCCAGUUGCUAUUGGAGGUUCUACAACUACAUCUGGGCAAAUUACUGCUCUGAACCUUCUCAGUGGUGGACAAAACGUCCUUGAUCUUGGGAAUAUUCAGUUAACUGGAGGAGGUGGCAUCACUAUACCUGCUAGUCAGCUACCUGCAAAUAUAGCAAUGCAACUUACAAGUAUUGCAAAUGCCAAUUCACAGCCCAUAUCUUUAAUAUCUUCAUCGAAUGCACCCACUACCCAUGUACAACCACAACAAAUAUCAUUAGUUGGUCAAUCUGGAACAACAACACCUAUUGCAAUUGUUGCUAACAAUGAUAAUUGGCAAGUUCAAGACAGCUCAACUAACCAGCAAACAUACACCAUAGCACCACGGACGCAGAUCACAUCAAGACCAAUCCAACAGCAACAACAAGUUCAAGUUGUUCAACAGCUUCGUAUCCCAGCACACUUGUUGAGCCAACUUACUGGUUCAUCCGAGCAGGUUCAACAAUUAAUUGCAGCAGCUACAGCAUCAAAAAAUUCAAAAAGAAGAUCCACAGCAGAAUGAUAAAUUUGUUCGUUUUCAAACAAUCAUGCCAACUUCACUAUUUAUAUUACUUAUAGUAAUGGAUCAUAUUUUGCAAUAUAUGAUUUGCUGGUUGUUCCUAUGCAAUUUUAACAAAG